ACGCUUUCAUGUACAGUUUUCAUUGGCAGUUAUUUGUUUUCGGUAACGAUAAAAUUCGUAAAAUAGUAAAUGAAUAAAUCUUAUAAAAAUAAAAACUAAUAUAAGUAAAUAGUAUUUGUGUUUCUUUGCUAUAUGAUUCUAUGUAGUAGUGUUAAAACGAAUAUUUAAUAUCAAUAUCUGUAAAAUUUUAAAAUUUAUCAUCGAAAAAAGUGGUUAGAAACAGCAACGAUGAGCAACGAUCAAGCAAACGAAUUGUCUGAAACAGUUGAGUUAUCUUCCAAUGACAUUGAAAAAAUAGAAGAAGCAAAAUUAAAAGCAAAAUUUCCAAAUACUGGACGUCCAAUUAGUGGACAUUCAGCAUUCCUACAAAAAAGGCUAGCUAAAGGGCAAAAAUAUUUUGAUUCUGGAGAUUAUCAAAUGGCAAAACAAAAAUAUACAGCUAAGCCUAAGCCAGCUGGUGUUUUGCCAACAGGUGAUGCUAUACCUACACCUGAAACAGUACCACAACGAAAAACAUCUAUAAUUCAACAAAAAUUUAAUACAACAACUACAUCAUAAAUUUUUGUAUUGUUUUAAAAGUAUUGCAACUCUGAUAUAAUGUGGUUAUAUGCAAUCUGAAUUUUAAAUGAUUCAAUAUCUUUAUAUUUUAUACAUGGUAUUAUUUUGAAACUUCAACUUUUAUAUUUUUUGAAUGCUUAUACAUUAUCAAUAUAUUGAAAAAGAUUUAUGUUCAUAAUAAUAUGUAUAUCUUUUCAGUACAUUAUGUGCCAUAAAAACAUUCUAAAGGCGAAAGUUUUUAAGGUACUUCAAAAAACAGAAAUUAUAUAUGAUAAUGUAUUAUGUUAUUUAUGAUAAUGUAUCAUGUAUCAAAUAUUAUUAUUCUGAUCUUUCUUUUAUUAAAAGUGAAAGUGUUAAUAAUUUUGUGUUGUUUGAAAUGAUAUUUUAGAAACAUAAAUAUAGAAUUUCAAAAUUUAUUUUUAAAAUAAGUAAUGAAGUUAAAUAUUUAAAAAUACAAAGAUUGGUGAUAAAAAAGACAAUGUUGUAACCAUUUGUAUAUGCAAUAGACUUUCAGAAUGAGAUAUUAUACAGAUCUGCAUUUCCAGUUGCUGUGAUGUGCUUAGACUAUAUUCUUAUAAGAUGUCAGAUUGUCUUAAAAUCUGUAUUUAACUUAAAAUAAUCUUAAUAUAGCAGUUGUUUUGUUUAUUGUAAACUAUAUUAUUAAUAUAUUGCAAUUUAAAUUUA